GCUACCAGGUGACAGGUGUCUUUAUGAAGAACUGGGACCCUCUGGAUGAACAAGGAGCUUGCUCCAUUGACAGGGACUGUGAAGAUGCUUACCGGGUUUGUCAGAAGCUCGAUAUACCUUUUCACCAGGUUUCCUACGUGAAGGAAUACUGGAAUGAAGUAUUCAGUGACCUCUUAAAAGAGUACGAAUUGGGAAGGACUCCUAAUCCUGAUAUUGUGUGUAACAAGCACAUCAAGUUCAACUACUUUCUUCAUUAUGCUAUGGAUAACCUUGGAGCAGAUGCAAUUGCUACUGGGCAUUAUGCUAGGACCUCACUAGAGGAUGAGGAGGUGUUUCAACAGAAACAUAUUAAAAGACCACAAAGGCUUUUCAGAAACCGUUUUGAAGUUAGAAAUACUGUGAAACUCCUUCAAGGGGCUGACCUCUUUAAGGACCAGACCUUCUUUCUGAGUCAGAUCUCGCAGGAUGCUUUGAGGAAAACCAUUUUCCCUUUAGGGGAUUUAACAAAAACUUUUGUAAAGAAGAUAGCAGCGGAACAUGGCCUUCAUCAUGUGCUAAAGAAAAAAGAGAGUAUGGGAGUCUGUUUCAUUGGUGAAAGAAACUUUGAAAAUUUCCUUCUUGAGUAUUUAGAACCUCAACCAGGUAACUUUGUUUCCAUUGAAGAUAAGAAGGUGAUGGGAACACACAAAGGUUGGUUCCUCUACACCAUAGGCCAGAGGGCUAGAUUAGCAGGCCUGAAGGAUGCUUGGUUCGUUGUAGACAAAGAUGUCAGCACUGGAGAUGUCUUUGUGGCACCAUCAACAGAUCACCCUGCUCUGUACAGAGACCUAUUGCGGACAAACCGAGUGCACUGGAUAGCAGAGGAGCCUCCUGCAGAGCUCGUUAGAGAUAAAAUGAUGGAAUGUCAUUUCAGGUUUCGGCACCAGAUGUCACUGGUGCCUUGUGUGCUGACUCUAAACCAAGAUGGAAGUGUGUGGGUGACGCUAGUGAAGCCAGCAAGAGCUAUCACACCUGGGCAGUUUGCUGUGUUCUACAAGGGUGAUGAGUGCUUGGGCAGCGGGAAGAUCCUGAGGAUGGGCCCAUCGGUGUAUACCCUGCAACAGGGCAAAAACCGAGAGGAAGGUCCGAAGAAGGAAGAGAUCGACAAGAUAGAACCAGCAACGUAACACGUGGGUUUGUUUGUUGAAGGACUUGGGAGAGUUUGCUGCCUGAGAAUAAUAAAACCAAU